AUGGCUUCUUUUGCCGCUGCGUCUGCUAGGGGUUCUACCUCUCCUGCAGACUAUAAUGCAGAGAAUAUCCCUCCAGUAAGCAACAAUACUUUAAAUUCUGGUGUCCCCCAUGAUACGUUGAAAGACAUUGGGGCUGCUUCAGCUGCUCCUGCAUCAGCAGAAGCAGCAGUAGUAGCUGUUGAUGGCUCUCGUGAGAUGCUGUCUCUGGUGGCUGUGCAUACUCGCGCUCCAUAUGGUGCCGCUGCUUAUGGUACAGCAGCAACUGCUGCAGCGGCAGCAACUGCAGCAGCAGCAGCAGCAAGAGCAGCAGCAACUGCUUCUGCCGCUGCAUCUAGCCCCUACAGCAGCCAACCGUUACCUCUUUCCUCUUACCCUUGUAAGGCAACGUCGGGUGUAUACGCAGCGCUUCAGUCCGCCCCACAGGCCGUCUGCGAGCUAUGGAGGGUUUCCUUUGAACCAAAGAAACUACGCAGACGACACUUCCUGCAGCAGACGGACCUCAAGGUCGUCUCUAAUUGGCUGUCAGCGCAGCUGGAGACCGAUUUGCUGCCUCCUGCUGCUGCUGCUGCAGACUCUGCUGCAUUUGCUGCAGCAAGUGCGAUCUAUGGACAGCUCGUGCCGCAGCUGCUGUGGGCUGCUGCUGCUGCUGCUGCUGGCUUGAUAUCGUUGACGCUGCAGGACACAACUGCCCUGUGGGCCCGCAUGCAGCUCCUCGCCUUAGACGCAACCAGCAGCAGCGCAGCAGCAGAAGUAGCAGGAAGCAGCAGGAGGUCUGGAUCUGCUGCAAGAAGGCGCGACAGCAUAGCUUUGCUGUACGGCCCCUCCCGUACCUUUGGCCGCCGCAAGCGCCGCAAGCAGCAGCAGCAGCAGCAGCAGGAGCAAGGAGAAGACACCCAAGAAUUCGGGGAAGAUGUUCCUCUGACGCUUGCCGACCUUACAUCUAGCAACAGAGCGGAGCCCGAAUUGCUGCUGCAGCAGAUCAGCAACAGCAGCAGCAACGAGACGCAGGGCAUUAAAGGACCCAAUGCACUUUCGAGGCAAGCCACAGUUUCCGUGCAACAACAGAAGUUUUUGGGUUCGUUUGCUGCUCCUCAAAGCGCUUCUCCCUUCCGCUCAGCUGCUGCUGCUGCUUCAUCUCCUUUCGCUGCUCUUCGUCAGGAGUUGCUGCAGCUUGGGGCGUUAAGGGCGACAGGGAGGGGGAUCAGUCUUGUUGCAGCAGGUGCAGCAGGUGCAGCAGGUGCAGCAGGUGCUUCUGCUGCGAGCAGCACAUCAAGUCUGGGGACCGCUGUUGCUUCUACUUCAGCAAUUGCUGCAGCGCCGGGGUUGGGAUCGUCCCGCAGUAGCUUGCAGCAGCAAGAGAUCGCCCGAUCAGACCAGUGGACUUUGCUGCCGUGGCAGUCAGCAGCCGCAGCAGCAGCCGCUGCUGCUGCUGCUGCAGUGCAGCAGGGGCUGUCACGACGCAGUUCUUUUAGCUCUGUUGCAAGCGACCUGCUGCAUGCGUCUACCCCACUCCAGCAGCGGCAUCACGAUAUGCUGAUGCAGGGCCCAUUAAACUUAGAGGUAGCUGUGGGGGCAGCUGUAGAUCCUGCUGUUGCUUCUCCCUUUAGGCUGCAGCAGCAACAGCGGCCGCUGCUACCUUCUGAGCCUUCUUCUGUAGGCAGCAGCACCAACAGCAAAGACAGAAGAGCCUCUCUAUCAGCUGCGUAUACACCCGAAAGGGGCUGGCCUAACGUUAACCCGCUGCUGCAGCAGCAAGAAGGGGCCCUAGGGGAAUGGCAGUUCCCUGAGGAGGAUGCAGCAUGGCCUCACGGCACCCCAUCAGAUGCAGCAACAGGAGCAGGAGAGGCUACAGCAGGUGCUACAGAAGGAGAGGCUCCAAUGGCUUUAGCCAUACCCGGACAGCAGCAGCAGCAGCUGCUGCUGCGAAGUGAGAAGCGAAGGCGGAGGGAAAAGCUUCAGCAAAAAGUGCAGCUUGACGAAGUUAUUUCUCGUUCUGCCCUCAAAACAGCAACACCAGCAGCAGCAGCUGCUGCUGCACGAGGUCAAGCAGGAUCCAGGGGAAGGAACACUAGCAGCAGCACCAGCAGGUUAGGGGAGGCGGUGUCUGCAUGCUUGAGUCUUCUACAGGAAGGCACAGAGGAUGGCGCAGCCCUUAAAAGAAACUUCCGCUGCUACUUCGGCAUAUUGGAGCGGCAGCUGCGGUUGCGGGCUCUGCUGCAACAGCAGGAGCUGCAGGAGGAGGAGCAACAUCAGGGGCAGCAUCAGCUGCUGCUGCAUCGGGGGUGUAGCAGGCGGCUAGAAAUAGCAGCAGCGCGAGCAGCAAGAAACGGCAAACUGGCUGCUUCGUUUCUGUUGGCGAAUGCUCACUCAUGGGAGCUGUUGCCAGCACCCGCCCAAGCGGCAGCAGCAGUGCUUCGAGGUUGCAGCCUUGAUGCCCCCCUGCUGCAGGACACGUUCCAGCGGCAGCUGCUGCGUCAGCAGCUACUGCAGCACAAUAUCACAGAUGCAAGAACUCAUGCAGCUCUUUCUGCUGCGGGGUCUAGCGGUCUGGCAGGCAAGGAGGCUGGCUCCAGCACAGGCGGAGCAGCACACGCGGACACAGCAGCAGCAGCUGCAACAGCAGCAACAGCUGCAAGUAGAGAGAAUGUGCUGCGGGCUUUCGACAGUCCGCUGCCACCCAUUGAAUUUAGUGAAGAGAAGGAUUCGGAGGCAUGGGCAGACGGCGCCUGGGCAGACACGCCGGAUGAGCAGCAGCUGCUGCAGCAACUGCAGCAGCAGCAGCAACAGGGGCUUGGGGCAGCUCCUGUGGAUCAACAGCAGCAGCACCAGAAUGCCCGCGAGCUUGCAGCAACGACUGCCGCUGGCGCUGCUCGAAGUAAUCAAGGUUUUUACCGAAAGAAAGACGGUGGAGUUGUCUUCUUGGGGCCUUCUGCUGCAGAUCUGCUGCUGUUGGUGGAGAGGCAGUACUUACCAGGAGCUGCUGGGAGGACUGGCCAGUCUGGCGCCCCUGCUGCUGCUCCUGCUGCCCCGGCUCCUGUCUCGCUGGGAACGCUGCUGCAGGGUCGCAGCCGCCGCACUGCAGCCCAGGCGUUUCGUGAUGCGCUACUGCUGCACUCGCAUGGUCUCUGCCUGCUGCAGCAGGCUGCUGUAGAACCCACAACGUCUUCUUCUUUAAGCCAAAAGCCGCCUCCUCUUUUUAUCUUUUCACAAGACGCCGCGCAGGACGAGCAGCUACUGAGCAGCGCUGCACGACAAUCAGCUGCAACAGCUACACAUGCUGCAACAGGAGCAGCAGCGGAAGCAGCAAGAACACCGACUACACAGAGACCAGCCGACACGUCAUCAUUUGGUGCAUCGGAUGGUGUGCGAGCCCCACGCCGUGGAGCAGCACCAGCAACGGCAGCAGCAACGGCAGCAGCAACGGCAGCAACAUCGCCUGAUGCUGCUGGUACAAGAGGACUUCAGGAUUCUCGAGUCCCCGCAAGUCCUAGUCGUGGCGGAAGGAGUGGGGUGAAGGAGCAAGCUGCAGCUAUUGCUGCUGCUGCUGCGGAUGCAGCAGCAGAAGCAACAACAGAGCGAGGAGAAGCGCCUAUAAGCGACGAGCAGCUGGAGCAGGCUGUGCAGUGGCUAGUAAUGGGACUCUUAGAUCGUCUUCAGGAGGAGAUGCGGCUGCAUGCGCAUGCGCUUGUUCACUGGUUUGUUAACGAUAUGCUUCCUACAACGGAGCUAGCCAAUGUUUCGUCUGCUGCUGCAUGGGAGGCUAAGGCAGUAUAUGCUGUCUGCACUCUUAUUGACGAGGGUGUCUUCUUAGCUGCUGCUGCUGCUGCAGUAGACGCUCCCGUAGACCUCUCUGUGCGGCAGGCAGGCAGCAGCAACAGCCUGCAGUGCCCAUUUUGGCUCGAAGGAGUUGCUGAAGUUGACUAG